AUGCCGUAUUCACAGCCGGUAUCGCCACCUCGUUCGUCUUCACCCUCUCGCUCUCAUCAUUCUCGUUCAUACCAAAACCAAAAUAAUAAUCCUUCCACCCAUUCACUUGGUCGUCCGGGACACAGACGUUCGUACUCGAGCCAGGCUCACUACGGGUCCGGGUCCAGCUUGCAAACAUCAUAUUCGUCUGUUAUUGACACACCUCCUUCAUCUGGGAGAAAUUCUGCGAGGUUUACCAACGAACAGAGCAUCAGUGGAAACGGAAACAACAAUGGUAUCCGUGGCGCGUGGGGUGGUCUUGGAUCUCUACCCCGAAGACAUUCUAGUGCCUCCACUCCCACCCUCAGUAGUGUUAACACGUCCAAAUUCCGCAUCGGCGACAGACGUGGGAGCAGCAGCAGCGAAGAUGACGAUGGAAAUGACGAUCAUUCCGACCGCAAUCUUCCACCGCUCAAAUUGAAGGUUCAGGUUCUGCCGUCGUUUUCCGAAGGUAUACCAUUUCCGAAGUCUUCGGCGGAUUCCCCAGUGCGUAUGGGUCCCAUGGCUAUACCUAAUCCAGCGAGCGUUGCGAUGACGAGGUCAUCAGUGCCGACGCGUACAUCGUCUUCGCCUGAAUUGGUCGAGACAGCACCGAACACGACCUCUUCCGCUGCCAUCAACCGCGCACUGUCACCAGCAGUCAUUCUUCUUUCGAAUGGAAAGCCUCUGCGAAGUUCUUUGAAAGGCUCUCGUAUAUCUUCCUUGUUAAGUUCACCAAUGGGUUCUGCUGCGAAUUCUCCGUCGGUUUCUCCAGUUAACUCUGUCAGAAAUUCCCCAGUUCAUUCCACGGCGAGCUCUGCUGUGACCUCCCCAGUGACGAGUCCGACGAUCCCUGGAACAGCUGCUCCCUCGUUCGCAUCGUUCACGAACUUUGUUAGUAAUGGCCCAAGUGCAAAUGUAUUAUCGGUGCCACCUUCUUUUAGCGGGCAUGUCCGAGCACAAUCUGCUCCCUCUCCUCCUAUGACACCCGGGCAAGGGAUAGAGGCGGCUCUGGAAUCAACUUGGACAGGUCCCUUAUCUCCUAUGACCGAGCCACCUCCGUCUCCUGGUCUCUCCGAGUUAAUGUCUCCUGAUGCCCUUCUUUCACCCCGUAGUGUGCAUUUUCCUUCCCUCCCAUCUGACCUUGAACGGGUUCGUGUGUUCAGGAAGGAAGCGCGGCCGUCAAGUCUCUUGGUGACUCGUAAGGAACGGGAUCAGAUUGCCAAUAAUCUUAAUCAUGGUUUGGAGACUCUUUCGAAUGGAGGUGAAGGUGCUGAAGGGAGCGGGAACGAUGUGAAGAGCGGUGGAGAGGAGACUGAGACUGAGACUGAGACUGAUAGGGAGUAUGGGUAUGGGUAUAAUGCUGGGUAUUGGGGUGGUGGUCGGGGUCUGUGGGAUGCUGCUGCUCCCUUGUCCAGGUCGAAUGGGUUUUCUUCAGUCAAGGCGGCGUCAACUGAAUCUGCUACUGCUCCUGGGGCAUAUCCGUUUCCGCGUCUACCCAGACUAGGCCGUAUGCGCAGUGCUGGAGGAGUAGCAGGUAAUAAUGAAGACGACGCUGGUGAGAGCAGCAGUAGCUCUUCUAGUUCGGGAGGACGUAUUCAUCAUAUACGAAACACCGGGACUGGACCUAGGUUCGCGAGAAGGGAAGAAGAAGUAGAGAAAGGGACUGCGAAGAAGGUGACAAAGAUCGAACUCGACGUACCCUCUCCCAUUCCUCGACCCGAGUCAGUACGAGAUGCUUUGUCCGGUUCGACCAACGUUUUCUUGGAAGAGGUCCAUCUGGAUUCUUCUUCUUCUUCUUCCUCGGCCUCUUCGCAAGGUACCAUUUCCACGGACUCUGUACUAUCUCUCGAAGGGACCUUCCUCGUGCGAAAUGUAGCUUUCGAGAAACACGUCUCCGUCCGGUUCACGACAGAUGAUUGGUCGACGGUUAAUGAGGUUCGAGGGAAAUGGGUGGGAUCGUGUGGGAGAUCUCGGAUUAUGUCCCUCGCUGCCGCCGCAGCCGCAUCUAAUCCUAGCACAGCCGGGCUUGCAGUUCCUCGCACGCUCGGAGACCUUAUCGUUUUUGCGAACUAUCCACUCGAGGAGGAAAAUUCUUCCGAAUGGGAUCGUUUUGCGUUUAGGAUCAACCUCCCACCUGCUGUGGGGCCUGGAAGAAUCGUUGAGUUCGUUGCAAGGUUCGCUGUUGGUAAUGCUGGUGGAGAGUGGUGGGAUAAUUGUGGAGGGAAGAAUUGGAGAAUCGGGUUUAAGGAAGUGGAGAUUAUUAAUGUGUCAAAACCUGCACCUGUUCUCCUCGAAGUACUACCACCUUCGCCGGCUCCUGCUCCUGUGCCUGCUCCAAAUACGGAAAAAGAAAGAAUAUCAGAGCUUAGUCCUAUCUCUUCCGAUGUACCGAUUUCGAACCUCGAUUUCGCCGCUGAUUCUAUGCCUGUCUCUGCUAUCGACAUGGCAUCGGUCCCCACAGUCGAAACCAGAUCCCAAAACCAAGCUGACGUGAAGGAGUUGUUUGGAGCGCUUCGUAUAACUUCUCCACUCCCGCCAGCAAAUGAAAGCAGAGCGGGAAAAAUCGAUUCUACCCCAGAUGAAAGCGAACAGCAAACUUCUGGCUCCCAUGAGAUAAUCAAAGAAAUCAAAGAACGUGCACCUAGACCCACUGGACUCGGUUCACUCAGUGGCCUUGGAGGGUUGUUUUGGCCUUGGAGAAAUACAUCGAGUUCAGACUCACAAACCUCGUCGUUUUCGAAGGCGAGUUCGUCUGUUUCAGGUUCAGUCGACUCCUCGGGUUCAUUGCCUCCUACACUGUUGGAUUUCGUUUCGGAGGCUUCCAGGUUGCGUCAAUCAAGUCCCGGCACAAACCGGAAUGUCAACGCCGGAGAAAAUCGAAAUUUGCCAGCGUCUGCCACAGUGAAGGUGUUAUCAGUAUUACCACCUGCGGCUCCUCCAGUUCGACUUUCUACAAACGCCGUGCCUAUCUCUGGGUCUUCGUCGUUCGCGCCACCAAUACGUCAAUCUGAACGCGAGCGUUUCCCUUCAGAGGCUAGUGCAUCCAGCAUCUCUCGCACUGAUUCCAUUGAUUCUCUGAUGGAUGUUCCACUGCUUGAACGAAGCAGCUCCUCGAGCUCUGUGUCGACUGAUGGAGAAUACGCCGAGAUGAUUGAUGAGCUUUUUCCGGGUGAAUCGACGUUGUCACAACUGAACAUGGGAGGAAGCCUCGAAUCUAAACUCGACCUCACGCCUGUACCUAAUGACGUGAGAGCGGCCUGGCUUUCUAAUGACGAUACUAUUGGCGAGGAUCAGACAGGAUUUUUCGAUAAUACAGGCCGUGGAUCUGGUGUCGGUAUCUCUUCCCCGUCUGUAGGAGUAGACAAACCUCUUGAUGCAGACCCGCUAUACCGUGCAUUCGUUCAGCAAUGGUGUUUUGCUGGAACAGGAAGCGGUUCACCUGCAGUCUCUGAGUCUUCGCCUCAUACUCCCAAUCGUAAUCGUAAUAGGUUGCAGUGUCUUUUCCUUUUACCCUCAGGUCUCGGUAUAGCACAUACAGCAUUCCAGGAGAGGAACGCCGAUGAACUUUGUGAUAUAUCGUCCUUGAAGGCCAAGAAGCCUAGUGAAAUGACUGAAAAAUAG